GCUCCUCCCCCCGCUGAGCCAGGCUCUUGGCCAGCCCAGUCUUUUGCCCCCUACGUGGGAGCGCGGGUAACCUCUGCCGCAGCCUGCUGUGAGCCGAGCCCCGGGGCCGCUGCCUGCCCGGGGCGCUGCCGCCCCCGCCCUGUGUCCCGCCCCGCUUGGGGCGGUGUCUCCCUGCUGGGGGCUGGCCCGGGCUGCGGCGCGAGGGGCAGAGCAGGGAGCGGAGACCAUGGUGCAGCUGAGGGACUGCAAGGCCUGGCAGGAUGCUGGACUUGUCCUAUCCACCACAAGUAAUGAGGCCUGCAAAAUGUUUGAUGCCACACUUACUCAGUAUGUUACAUGGACCAAUGAUAAGAGUCUAGGAGGUAUAGAGGGAUGUCUCUCCAAGUUACAUGCUGCAGAUCCAACUUUUACGAUGGGACAUGUGAUUGCCAAUGGCUUGGUUCUGAUUGGCACUGGGAGUUCAGUGAGAUUAGACAAAGAGCUGGACAGUGCGAUGAAAAAGAUGAUGGCACUCUCAGAAUCGCAGUCAUUGACUGAGAGGGAGAAGCUACAUGUGUCUGCACUAGACAUGUUUGCCAGUGGGUGUCUUCCUAAAGCUUGUGACAUAUGGGAUAAAAUUCUGCAGGAUCAUCCAACUGAUAUGUUAGCUCUCAAAUUUGCCCAUGACGCUUACUUUUAUCUUGGAUAUCUUACACAGAUGCGAGACUCUGUUGCCCGUGUAUAUCCUCAUUGGACUCCUAAUAUUCCUCUUAGUAGCUAUGUGAAAGGCAUUUUCUCUUUUGGACUGAUGGAAACUAACAUGUUUGAUCAUGCUGAAAAGCUCGCUACUGAGGCUUUAUCUAUAAACCAAUCAGAUGCAUGGUCUGUCCAUACCAUAGCGCACAUAAAUGAAAUGAAAGCGGACCUGAAGAAUGGAUUGACAUUUAUGAAGCAAACUGAAAACAAUUGGAAGGACUGUGACAUGCUAGCUUGUCAUAAUUACUGGCACUGGGCUUUGUAUUUCAUUGAAAAGGGUGACUAUGAAGCAGCUUUGACAAUUUAUGACAAUCAUAUUGCUCCCAGAUGCCUCUCAAGUGGAAGCAUGCUAGAUGUGGUAGAUAACUGUUCCAUGCUGUACCGGCUUCAAUUGGAAGGUGUAAAAGUGGGAGACAGGUGGAAUGAAGUUAUCCAACUCACAAAGAAACACACCAAAGACCAUGUUCUGCUUUUCAAUGAUGUCCACAUUCUCAUGUCUUCGCUAGGAGCCAAAGAUCACAAAACCACCAAUGAGCUUUUAACAACUCUUCAAGAACUUGCCAAAGCACCUGGUGAAGACCAUGAGCUGAGGCUGGCUCCGAAACUGGGGUUGCCGCUUUGCCAGGCUUUGGCAGAGUUUGACAACGGAAAUUAUGACAAGACAGUAGAAUUACUUCAUCCAAUUCGCUACCAGCUCUUACAGAUAGGAGGCAGUAAUGCUCAGAGGGAUGUUUUCAACCAACUAUUAAUCCAUGCUGCAUUGAAUUGCAAAUCAAAAGCCCAUCAGAACCUGGCCAGAUGCCUCCUGGCAGAACGUGAUGGGUUGAGACCAAAUUCACCACUGACUGAGCGACUUAUGCGGAAGGCAUCAGCUGUUCAUAUGAUGGAAUGAAUCUUAAAUCUGUUAUUCCAAUGGAAAUAAUAAUUAGCUCCAUAAUCACUCGCUUUUUAUGGAAUUAAAAGAAUUGAAAUAGAGAAAAUUCUGCAUUAGCAGACAUGCUAGAUCUUUUCACUAUCUGAUCUUUGGGAAGCUUGUUUUGGUGAUUCAGCAUCAUUGCUUGGGCUUCUGGUACACCUCUCAUUCUUGGGAGAUUGUAACCCACUGUGUCUGGCAGGGCAGCAGUAAGCAAAGAAAAUAGGUAUCAGUCAUUUGUUUAAAGCAUGUUGAGAUGUUGUUUUUCAAGAGAGCGCAUCAGUCUUAUGCUGAACAGAUUUCAGGAUAAUACUGUUAUUAUGAAACUGGUCACUGUUGAAGUAGGCAGUGGUAUUACUAUUUCAGAACAUGAAAGGGGAUGGGUUGAACUAUUCACAUGAAGAACCUUUGAAAAAAAUAAGAUGACAUGUGGGAUAUACUAGGGAGGAAUAAAUAGUACCAAAAUGUGUAGAAAGUGAACAUAUUUUGGCCCAGAGUUGCUUUUGAGCCUCUCCCUCAUGACCUCAAAGUCCUACUUUCACAGAACCUCUUCUGCAAAUAGGGACAGAAUUUGGGAACCUUUUGCUUCCAUACAUUUUUGCUCCAUUGGACUCCUAAUUCAUUUAGAGGUGGAGGAGGAAAGCAGGAAUUCAAAGAAUCUACUGACAGUCUCCUAUGGAGUAGCUGUAGCUGCAGAGGUGCUUCAACCCUGGGCAUGCAGUUCAGGUCUUGGGGAAGAUGAAUGGGGACUUCUGCAACACACAUAACAUGGCCAGGCCAGUGACCCUACCCAGCUAAGUCUUGGCCUGUCUGCUGGUUCCAGAUUUGUCUCUACCUUCCUCAAAGCCAUAAUUUUGAUUAAUUUUUCUCUUAAAAUUCUACGGCGUGUGAACUGAUCUUGGAAGUCAACAGUUCCAUAGUUGUUAAAACUUCUUACUGCUUAUUAUUGCAUUUUUAAUGAAAGUUAUAUCCUAAUAAUGCUGCAGUUUUUAUCACAUCAGUGGACAGAAUUAGUAAAAUCUUUGAGUGAUCCAUUAAAAAUUGUACAGAUCUUUUCUCGUAUGUAACUGUGUUCCUUUGAUUAGCAUUGAACUGAAACCAUACUUCUAAAUUAUAAAUGUAAGAAUGACAUUUAUGGCAAUGUGAUUUAUGACAUUACUAAUAGUAGCUUAAAGAACUUCAUUAAAUUCAAGAAGAUGGUGAUUGAGUGUUUUUCUGAACUUUGGCAUCACCAAAGAAGUGACUAAUUUAUAAAGCUGUGCAGUUUUUGAAUAUU